UAUUACCUUUAUUAUAGACAAAUUUAGACCGUUCAUUCCUUUAGAGAGCAAAUGAGGCAAGUAAGCAAGGAAUGAAUGACUUGACUGAUAUGGGAGGAAAGGGAUUCGUUUGGAUGUGUGGAAAGCGACGGGGAGGAGGAGGGGGAAGAACUGUGUGUGUGUUGGUGAAGGUGAAUGGGGCGAUAGGUGUAUAUAUGAAGGAGAUGGAAGUCGUGGACGAGGAGGGGUAGGAGGAAAAAGACGAGAUUGAAUUGGGGAGGAAGACCCCCGAUUUUUGCCUAUGAGUUGGGGGACAUUGCUGAUGCAUUGGAAUGUAGUAUGUAUUUUCGUAAAGGG